UGCACCACAUGGAUCAGUCACAAGCUGAUCAGCACCACAAAGAGAGCAUCCAUAGCCGAGAGAGAAAAAGAGAGCAAUGGCGUCCCAGGUUCCGACUAUCGAGGUUCCCACUGAUGCUGAGCUGCUGCAGGCACAGGCAGACCUGUGGCGACACAGCCUCUACUACCUCGCGUCCAUGGGGCUCCGCUGCGCCGUCCAGCUCGGCAUCCCGACCGCCAUCCACAACCUCGGCGGGGUCACCUCGCUGCCCGACCUGCUCACCGCCUUGUCCCUGCCCCCUAGUAAACAGCCGUUCCUCGGCCGCCUAAUGCGUGUCCUCGUCACGUCAGGUAUCUUUGCUGCCAGUAACGACUCGGGCGUGGAGAUCUUCCGCCUCAACCCGCUGUCCAGCAUCCUGGUGGAUGGCGUCGCCGCCGACGACCACCACAUCCAGACAUCCUUCGUGCUGGCCGUGACAUCGCCGCACUACACCGAGGCCGCGCUGGGGCUGGCCGACUGGUUCAAGAAAGACACCCUAGGGCCCGUGUCGUCGCCGUUCGAGGACGUGCAUGGCGCGGCGCUCUUCGACGACAGCAUGGCGCUCCUGGACAAGGAGUUCGACGCGCUGGUCAAUGACGCUUUGGCCGCCCACGACAACUUAGGGAUCGGCGCGAUCAUGCGAGAGUGCCAUGCCCUCUUCAACGGGCUUGAGUCUCUCACUGACUGCUGCGGCGGCGAUGGGACGACGGCGAGGGCCAUCACCAAGGCCCAUCCCCACGUCCAGUGCACUGUGCUGGACCUUCCCAAGGUGAUCGACAAAGUGCAGCCAGAUGGUGUCGUCAACUAUGUUGCUGGUGACUUGUUCCACACCGUCCCAAAGUCUCAGGCGGUGAUGCUCAAGCUUGUACUGCACCACUGGAGCGACGAGGAUUGCGUCAAGAUCUUGUCUCAGUGUAGGAGUGCCAUUCCUUCACGUGAGGAAGGAGGGAAGGUGAUCAUCAUAGACAUUGUGGUUGAACCUUCUCUCGGACCAAUAAUGUUUGAGGCCCAGAUUCUGAUGGACUUGGCUAUGCUUGUGUACACAAGAGGCCGUCAGCGUAACGAAAAUGACUGGCAUGAACUCUUCAUGAAAGCAGGGUUCACUGACUACAAGAUUAUCAAGAAACUAGGAGCACGAGCUGUCUUCGAAGUCUACAAGUGAAAGGUUUCGUAAAAAAUCAUCUAUAUAUCACCGAAGAGCGUGCUCGUAAGACAUGCAAGUCUGCUGUAUGUUUUGUUUACAAAUAUAGAUAUGGUGUGCUCGAGGAAGGAAAUAAAGGGAGUAUACUGCUUUAUAUUCGUAAAGAAAUUACUAUAGCUCAGCAGCUUAAGUUUUAAGCAUGGUUAUUAUACUAUCUUGUAUCUUUUCUUCCAGAAGUAUUAUAAAUAUUGUUGGUGUGCUUGUGUA